AGCAACUGGUCAUGGUGGAACUGUCAGGAAUUAUUGAUUCAGACUUCCUAGAGAAAUGUGAAAACAAAUGCAAGAUUUUGGGAAUAGAGACAGAGAGACCCAUUUUACAAGUGGACAGAUAUGUAUUUGCAGGAGAAUAUGAAGAUACCUUGGGAACGUGUGUGGUUUUUGAAGAGAACACAGAGCACGAUGCAGAAGGCAACCAAAAAGUACAGCUGAAAUACAAGUGCCACACAGUGAAGAAGUUGAACAUGACGCGGACACUGUUGACGGAAAAGAAGGAAGGAGAAGAGAAUGUUGAUGGAGUGGAGUGGUUACAGAUCAAGGACAGAGAUUUUUCCUACAGCAGGCCUAAUACGAUUUGCAGCUUCCUGCAUGAAAAAGAAGAUUCUGAGGAGUCUGCUCAGGCCCACGACAAAUUGACUGAGGAGUCAGAGGGAGAGGUGAGUGGUGGAAGAAAUUCUGACAUGAAUUGUGAUCUGGAGAAGCAGCACAGCUUGGAAAUGGAUGGCUCUAUUCCUCUGCCUGAUAGCCCUGCUUCUGGGGCAGAGGAUUCUCCUUCUGGAAGUGUUGUCUUAGAUGAUGCCCCUCCAUGAUAGCAGCUCUGAUCUUUUCAGAACUUGUUCAUGGAGUUAAUGGGCCAACUUUUAUAGGCCAUGACAUGAUUUCCAAUUUAUCUGAGCAAUUAAUAAUGGAAAAAUGGACAUUGUGUUCUUGUGCAUUGCUUUUGUUUGGCUCAUAGUGAGAAGGGCUUAAGUGUUUGGUUUGUUGUUUGGGGUUUUUUUUAAAUGCUGACUGGAAAUGUGUGUGUAUCUAC